AUGACACUCACUUUGACCAAUUCGGUUCUUAAAUGUUUCACCUGCUUCUUCACCUCCUAUAUUCCUCAUAAACAUUAUAUCACUCUUGCAUUUCUUUCGUCUUCGGCCAUCGCGUCAUUAAAUGAAACCCCACCAUCACCAACCAAUGUGUUUUUGGCCAACUUCCCAAAGUCUUGGAAUGAAUUUGAUCUAGCCCAGCUUUUCAUCGGAAUCCCGAUUUUGACCGUUCAUGUCAUCCGGGAUAAACUUGGGCCAUGCCCCGGUCCGGGGGUGAGCCGUGGAGUUGGAUUCGUCAAUGUUCUUCACAACCAUCAUGCAGUGACCCUUGUUCGUUACCUUGACCGGAAAAUUUGGCUGGAUGGGGAUGCACCGUUGAAGAUACGACUUGCCAAAGCCACCGCGCCACAAUCGUCGAAGAAAAGGCUUGACUUGGAAUCGGCACCUUUGAAACCAAUGACUGAGAACCGUGGACAUGGAAGUCAAUACCCAUCCAUAAAUUUGCUCAAAGAACUUACCCUGGCAGCCGCAGCCGUCGAGGUCCCCAUCAAGACUUCACCUACUUUUAUGAUGCCACGACCUUUACCUCACCCUCCCGCUCAUCCAUACGGUCCGGUCAAUAUACCUCUUCCUUUCCAGAACCCCAAAGCGUGGACAUGGCCGGUUUAUCAACUGAACGAAGUACCCUCUAUCAAGCAUCAUCCCAUACCUUCUACGUUUCAAACGGAACACAACGUGAACACGUCCUUUUCGAUAUCGCCAUCAGUGCUCGAUACCGCAAAUGAUUUUAUCACCUCGGCCAAGACGCAUUCUACGGACUCUGAGAGCUUAGAUACUUCAUCUUCCAUGGAGCAAAAGCAGCAGUUCAAUCCAGCAAACGAGUUUGAAAGCAUGUUUCCCGCCCUGAACCUCAGCGGUCUGCCUCCUUAUAACCUCUUUGACCCAUUUCGAACCGAUGUCACAUCACACGAGAUUCACAGUCCACCUAUCAAACAGCCCGCAAGUUUGCCUUCCAAUCUACUUGGAGCCCAGUUCAGAAAGUUUGAUCCAUUUAGUAGCCCACCGAGUCGAUACUUCACAGGUUCACCUCCCAGCCCAUUUGCACUCGAACACAGCCCAACUAACUCCGAUCACGACCCACCAAACCAAUCUAAGCUCAACUUUUGUGUAUAUGGUCAUGUUGGAGGUCCAGCGAUAGAUCCAAAGACAGGUAAAAUCAUCAUCCCGCGUCGUUUUCAAGCUCUCUAUCCUGGCGCCAAGAAAUCCUUAAGCUACCCAAUCUGA